AUGUUGUACCUCGUGGGACUUGGUCUCUCCGACGAGACAGAUAUUACUGUCAAGGGUCUUGAGGUCGUUAAGAAAGCCUCCAGGGUCUAUCUGGAGGCUUAUACUAGCAUUCUGCUUGUCGAGCAAUCUGUCUUGGAAUCGUACUAUGGACGAUCCAUCACUGUAGCUGACCGUGAGAUGGUUGAGUCAAACAGCGACGAGAUCCUCCGAAAUGCGCAGAACGAAGAUGUUGCGUUCCUUGUAGUUGGAGAUCCCUUCGGAGCUACCACUCAUACGGAUCUCGUGCUUCGUGCCCGGGAACUCGAAAUCCCUGUCCGAACCGUUCCCAAUGCCUCCAUCAUGUCCGGGAUUGGCGCAUGCGGUCUACAGCUCUACAAUUUUGGACAAACCGUGUCCAUGGUUUUUUUCACUGAUACAUGGAAGCCCGCAUCUUUCUACGAUCGGAUAAAGGAGAACCGUCAAAUCGGCUUACACACGCUAGUCUUGGUCGAUAUCAAGGUUAAGGAGCAGAGUCUCGAAAAUAUGGCCCGAGGUCGUCUGGUCUACGAGCCUCCUCGCUACAUGACUGUUGGCCAGUGUGCAAAGCAGAUGCUAGAGAUUGAGGAUGAGCGCAAGGAUGGUGUCUAUACCAAGGACAGUCUGGCCAUUGGCGCUGCUCGCGUGGGAGGUAAGACGGAGAAGUUCGUGGCCGGUACUUUGGAGGAGCUUUGCUCCACCGACGAGGAGCUAGGGCCUCCUCUUCACAGUCUCGUCCUCCUUGGUCGAAGGACACACGAGCUGGAGCUUGACUACGUCCGGCAGUUUGCGGUUGACAAGGAGAAGUGGGAUAGACUAUGGAAAGCUGAGUACGGAAAGCAGCUGUGA